CUGUGUUUGAGGGCAAUUGUACUGUACAAUCAUUCAGUUUGGGACUGAGCUCUGUUUUCUGCCAACUCUCAUUUCAGUAUGGAAGAUUUAGCAACAAAAAGCGCAUGUAGAGGAGUAAAUGGACAGUCGAAAACUGACGAAUCACCUCCUCCUGCUGCUCACAGUGUUGACUCACGCUGCGGAUCCUGCCUGAAAAGCAUCAAGCUCUGGGUACCUGCGGACUACAAGAAUGAAACAGUUCAGCUUUUAAAACUGGCGGGACCCGUGUUGAUUUCCCAGAUGAUGAGCUUCAUGAUCGGCUUCAUCAGCAUGGUGUUCUGCGGUCACCUGGGGGACACAGAGCUUGGGGGGGUGGCUUCGGCGAUAGCGGUAAUAAAUGUCACAGGUAUCUCCAUCGGCUGUGGUUUGGCUUCAGCGUGUGAUACUCUCAUAUCUCAGACUUAUGGGAGCGGUAACCUAAAGCGUGUCGGAGUGAUACUCCAAAAGGGAGUUCUGAUUCUGCUCUUAGCCUGUUUCCCCUGCUGGGCCGUUCUCAUUAACACCCAGCCCAUUCUGCUGGCUGUCAGGCAGAGCGCAGAGGUCGCCAGACUCGCCCAGCUGUAUGUGAAGAUCUUUAUGCCGGCUCUGCCUGCUGCCUUCAUGUACCAGCUGCAGGGGAGGUAUCUCCAGAAUCAGGGCAUCAUGUGGCCCCAGGUGAUAUCUGGAGUCAUGGGGAACAUUUUAAAUGUAAUAAUCAACUACAUCUUCCUCAACCGUCUGAAUCUGGGGGUUGCUGGAUCUGCAGCUGCUAAUGCCAUCGCACAGUACUCCUUGGCUGUCUUCUUGUUUGUGUACAUGUGCUCCAGGGGACUGCACAAAGCUACAUGGGACGGCUGGUCAGGAGACUGCCUGCAGGAGUGGGGUCCUUUCCUCCACCUGGCCAUCCCCAGCAUGCUGAUGCAUUGUCUGGAGUGGUGGCUGUAUGAGAUUGCAGGGUUCCUGGCAGGCGUCAUCGGCGAGGUUGAGUUGGGAGCUCAGUCUAUAGUUUAUGAACUGGCUUCUAUUGCUUAUAUGUUUCCGAUGGGUUUCUCUGUGGCUGCCAGUGUUCGGGUUGGAAAUGCUCUUGGUGCUGGAAACACAGAGCAAGCAAAGAUGUCCAGCAAGGUCUCCCUCAUCUGUGCAUCUAUUGUCGCAUGUCUUAUCGGAGCUUGUCUUGGUGUAUCUAAGGAUGUGGUUGGUUACAUUUUCACCACAGAGAAAGACAUUAUUCAAAGGGUGGCUGAUGUCAUGAAGAUGUACAGUUUCAUCCAUGUCGCAGAGGCCUUUGCGGGUGUGACUGGAGGUAUUGUCAGGGGGGCAGGGAAGCAAAAGAUUGGUGCUUUGUGCAACUUGGUGGGUUACUACUUCAUUGGGUUCCCCAUUGGAGUGUCUUUGAUGUUUGCUGUCAAAAUGGGCAUUGUAGGGCUGUGGACGGGGUUUUUAAUUUGUGCUGUGGUACUGUCCGUAUUUUUUUCAGUUUUCCUGUGUAAACUAAACUGGAGGAAAGCCACUAAAGAGGCGCUGGUAAGAGCUGGAGUCCACGUCACAGAGACAAACAAGAUCUUUGUGAUAGAAAACAAGGCACUGGACACCGGCGAGAAACAGGCCCCCAUAAAGACCAGUCGAUCCAGUUCUUGCACUCCUGCAGAGGGGAAGCUGGAGGCGCUCGGUGCAGGUCAGCAGACCUCAGAUGACAUGGCUCUGUCAGUCAGGCAGCUGGUGGUACGACGUGGCCUCGCUGUGCUGCUCAUGUUCAUCAUACUCGCUGCUGGAGUCUUCAUCAGUGAGCUGCUCAUCAGACUGCUCGAAUUAGACAAGUGACCAUUAUUAGACCUUGUUUGUGCAGCAUGAAACAAAGCUCUGUGAGUCUGCCUUCGAGAGUACAGAUGCAUCUUCAUGUUAAGCAGUAAAGCUAGAAAAUAAGAGAGUCUAGGCAGCUUUCAUCUCACCAUCUGAAGCAAUUUGUAAUGAUAAAUUUCCUUUUCAUACUCGCACUUUUACAAAAUUCCGGACCAUUUAUUUUGCACUAAUGAUGGGAAAAUACUGUAGCUGCAUUGCAAUGAUACAUGUUACACAAGUAAAAUGUUCUUUAAUUGCAUUGAAUAAGUUAUUGCUUCAUUUAAAAUUGUUUGAAAAGUUAUGAGUUUAUUUCCUCAUUACGUCAUAUUGAAGGGUUUGUCUUUAUAGUUUCAUAUAUUUUCCAAGAGCAGUUACAGCAAUAGUGUUUAUGUCACUUAGCUCUUCCUUGCACUAGUCUUAUUAAUAGUUCAAACCUACUCCAUUUUGCAGUUCUUAUGUCAGUCAUUUUUUAGAAAAUCUAAGAAACACGACUUAAAUGAGGCAUCUGAUGAAGAGGUGAGCAGAAAAAAAAAUGUAUACGUGUGUCUCCUUUAUAUAGAAACAUGCUGUGUAAGAUUGGCUCCAAUCAAGGCACUGACGAAAUAUAUGUUCUCAUUAUGAAAUAUAUAGUCUGAAUUGAUGCCACAAUUAGAAAGAGCAUGAUUAAAUGCUAUAUUUAGGCUACAGCGCAUCUGUGGAUGUGUGCUUUCAUCAUCAAAGACAGAAAAGCUGCUCUCUUUUUCUUUGGUUUAUUUUUCUUUCCUUUGAUCUGUGUUGCCAAAUUUGAUGAUAAUGAAAGGUCUGUACUCUCACACUGCAACGUGCUGGCUGGAUGAAGACAUGUCAAACUGAGCAAAUCAACCACCUGUGCACUCUGUGCAGGAGCAGAUAACUAGCUAGCUCAGGCUUCACAGUUAUAGCCUGCUCACAAAUAAAGAAUUCACCCUGGUAACAGCAAACAACUAACCACGUGGGAUCUUCAGAAAUACAUAAAGUACGUAUGGUGUUUCUCUACAGACCCAUCAAAAGCAAUGGUUAGACAUUUUGUGAAAUGUGCUUGUUCUAAUUGUAUGAGAAGAUUGAUAUUACUGUCUGUGAAAUACAAGGCUACAGCCUGAAGCCAGUUACCUUAGCUUAGCACAAAGAGUGGAAACAGGGAAACAGCCUGGCUCUGUCCAUAGGUAAAAAAAAAAUUCACCGACCAGCCCCUCAAGAGCUCAUCAUUAUGUGUAAUUUGAUUCGUCCAUACAGGUAAAGCAGCCAGUUGCUCACUCUAGCCUCGUAUUUACUGACUAGAGAAUGGAAUUUGAUCUUCUCAUCUAACUCUACAGAACGCAUAUUUCCCAAAAUGACAGUACUGUGUAGGGCUGUUUGAUAUGAAACCGUGUCAGCGUUGGUUAGCAGAUGACGGACGGCAGCAAAUUAGAGUAAGCAUGGUGCACCAGCUCUGUAACUUUUUGCAAGUAACACUUGGAUCAAAAUAAUCUGGCCAAAAUACAUUUAAUCUCUGUCACACUGUAUUUCCUGUGGCCUAAAACAUACAUUUUUGGUAAAUACUCUUAAAGUAAAUUCGCAUAUUCCUUGAAUUCCAACUCUUACUUACAGAGGGAUAUAUCAACUGAAAUUGUUUAGUCCAGUUGUAGUUGUAUUUUUCCAAAUGUUUAUUUCCGCUUAGCUGUUCACCAGGGCAACACCCAAGUUAGGAUCAGCACAUUGCAUUUUACUUUGAACUUUGAACAUAUGCUGAUGUAGUAGCCUAUUACAAAAGCUGUUUCCGGAACAUUGUCUGGUACUACAGCACUACAUAUUUAACAAUGGUUAAUACCAAAACGCAUUCAUUUAGAUUGUAUGCUUUUGGUGGGCUAUUAUAAAUUACAGAUGCAGCAAUAAUAAGAUGGCUCCCUCAGGUGCACAUUGUGAAACACAGAAACAUGCAUUCUUUGGGGACAAAAAUCACAGAAUUAAGUUUAUAUGUAGCGCACAAACUGAUACUGCUGGCAUGAGAGACAAUCAGUAACUAAACUACCUGUAACUACCUGUAGGCCUAUAUAUAUAAAAUCAUUUUCUAAAGUUUUCAUAUUAUAACCAGAGAGUCUUUGGUCAACUGCUGGCAUUUUAACUUUAUCCACUGCAGAGAAACAAUUGGAAGGGAAUGCAAAAAUAUUGUGAGGUAACGUAAAACACAUUGCGAGGGAUCUUAGCUCAUUCUCAUUUCCAGGGCAUCAAAAAUGGCAGUUUGGUCAGAGGCUGUCAGCACCUGAUUCCAGUGCACUAGGCUGGGAUGCUUUAUCGGAUUGGUCAAACAAACCCAGGAAUUUCAUCCAGGAGACUGCUGUUCGUUUCCUGUGCGAAACACUGAUUUGACGCUAUAGUGGUACCUAGAACAUCAUAGUUUGAAGCCCAGGACUGCUGACUAAGCUGCCGUAUUUGACAAAUUGGGAGUGAGAACGUGUUGCAAUAUUGUGAGGUAAUGCAAAAAUACUAUGAGGAGGGGGGGCUCGGUAGUAUGUAGGCACAGGCUAACCACUUUAUAUUAGGUGAUAACUUCAAAAGAGCUUUCACCUUACAGGUAAGUCUGCACUCUGGCCUAUAUUAAGGCAGCACACCCACAAGCAUCUGCACUCUCCAAACUGACAUCAGCAUCAGCUUGCAACAGACUGAUGUUUGCAACAGUCCCAUAAAAAAAAAGAAAAAAAAAAGUGCAUAUUAAUUUAUCGUUAUUCAACAUGUAAAUCAGGCUUGAUUCAUACAUGGUUACGUUGUCGUCUGAGCUUCAGUCUUGCUCAUCAGUGCAGACAUUGUCACAGGCUCCUCACAGAGCCUGUAAUCUUGGCCCGCUCACCUCCAGAGACUGCAAUCAGUAACAUGCUGUGGCAUCAUUAACAAGUGACUGUGUAAAGAUCUGCUGUCAGUAACUUGUGAUGCAGUGGUUUAACGGAUCUCAUAUUAACUUCGUGGUUGUGUCACCACGCAGCACAAUAACGUACCUGGAAGUCAGCUGAAUUAUGGCUGCAGUUGUUUUGCUUAUUAUUUCAGUUAAACAGUCCAGAACUACUGGCUACUGGAUUUGCCUUUUUUAGGUAUUUCUCCUUUUGUAGCAACUUUGUGUCCGGUUUCUAUCACUACAUAAUGACCACUUAAAUAGUUUAUGUUAUGUGACAGAAAUCAAUGAUUGCCUCUUCUCCCAAAGGAAAAAAACAAUCUAUCUGCAGCACUUUGAUCACAUUAAGUGUCAUAUUGAAGGGCAAUCUGUUUCCAUAAACAACAGCAGCUAAAUCAUUGUUUUAUCAUGAAUCAGUUAUUAAAUGAGGCUGGGUACAAUCACAAUAAAUGGCUAAACCUUACCUGAGUAUUUAGAGUUCCUAAACCUUAACUAAAGUGACAAUAGCUAACAUGAGCAGCCUCUCUUUCCCAGCUCAUAAAACAUCUUCUUUUACAUAUCUGAAUGUCAUUUCACAAAAUGCCUACACUUAAAGGAGCUAUAUGUAAGAAAUAUAAAGCAAAUAGUCAUAAAAUCAUCCUAAUAUGUCAAAGAGACUAAGGAAUAAUGUUCAUAUAACAUACUGAUCUCACCGACAACAAUAGUACAGCCAGAAUAUUCGCAUUUAAAAAAAAAUGUACGGUCCGCAAAUCAUGUUUAUGUUUUGAAUUUGUGUUUUGGCCUGUUGCGCCACCCACCGCCAUCUACCAGUCACGCAGUCAGUAGAGUCUCAGCAUCAGUUACAGUUACGACUGAGCUACAGCAGCACGGCAAGCAGCAUUAGCAGUGUCCCGGUACAUAGCAUUAGCAGCCGGCUCCUCAUGAGCUGUAUCCUGGCAGCAGCAUUAGCAGCAGAGAAGCCGGACUUGCUCGAACGGUCCGCUGAAAACCACGGCAGCCACCCGUGGGCAAACAAAUCAGUCUCCAGUGUGCCGCUGUCCAGCAACCUCGAAUCUGUAGGGGAGGGGGGGCGGACACGACUCGCGGCAGUAUUUUGAAUUUGAGUGCAGUAACCGUUUUGGCCACAUUCUUACAUACAGCGCCUUUAACGUCUAAAAAAAUCAAAGUAUAUGUAAGUAUAUUAUAAUUGCUGUAUCGCAAUGUAGUAUGAAAUCUGUGGACUGCACAAUGGCGCUUACAUUUACAGAUAUCUGUCAUUCUCAGUUACGUUCAUUUGAAGGAGAAUGAGGAAAUUGAAAUAUAAGUUUGGCACGUCUUCUGUUUGUGCAGUUUUAUUCACACAAUGUUUGUCUCAUAAAAGUAUAAUUUUUUUUCAAUAAGACCAAGUGAAAGUUGUUUACUGAGGCAGCUACAUGCUAGCAGGAACAAGAGUAGCAUUCUCUGGACAUUGGAUACUAUAAUGUCAAUAGCAGGACCUCAAAAAUCAACGUGUCCAUGUAUAACGGUUCGUAUGAUAUCCAAGAAUUAGCACCCCACCAAUGGCGUCUUCACAGUAUGUACUUAAUGUAAAUGUAUGAAGGUUAGCUUUAGUGAAAGAAACAUGGUGACGAAGUACCUUAAAACAACUCAAAGUUCACUUGGUGUCACACGGGACACAGGCACAAGUGUCCUGUGUUUGUUUGACCCACUCACCACGCCAACCUGCCUUGUCAUGCGGACUUUUGGUCUUUAUACUACUAAGUUCUUUAUUCC